UUAUAAUUAAUUUGAUACAUCUACGUGUGAUUGCUACAGUCAAUGGCCAAAACUGUGUGACUUUCUUACCAAACGUACGAGAGCUGUGCACAUUCAGAAAUGACGGCUAUUCUGAGGGUUUUUUUGGUGACCCUUCUUUUCCUGGUACUUGACGCUACGAACGUGUCUGCCAACAAUCGCUCUACCACUUUUUCGUUCAGAAAAUUUGUUGUUCGAAACACAAAGGUCUUGUUAAGAGGAAAUGCAGAAUUGACCAAACAACUUCGGAGCGUGAACAGAAAAGCAAGCAGUAACGGACGAGGAGUUACAGAAUUGUCCAAACAACUUCGUACAAUAAAGACAAAAACAAAAAGCAACGGACAAGGACUGACCAACGUUCUUUCGCUUCUGAAUACCAUGAAGAAAGACCUCGCCUUUGUCAAGACAAGGGUCACUCCCUGCAGUAAAGGUGUGAGCUCUACGAAUGUGGCGCUUCACAAGCCAGCGUCUCAGUCAAGCAUCAGUUGGUAUGGUAGUGCAGGACGCGCAGUUGACGGGAGUAGAAACGGAAAAUAUUUUGAUGGUUCCUGCUCGCAUACUAAUGUCCAGUUCAAUCCAUGGUGGAGGGUAGACCUUCGGAGAAGCUUUCUUGUUCGACGCGUGUUCGUUAUGAACAGACAAGACUGCUGUGGUAACGCAUUAAACAAUUUCGAAGUUCGCGUGGGAGACAGCACCUACAGUAUGAGUGACCCGACUUGUGGUACAAGCUACUCCAUCCCCCAAGGUCAGGGUCUGACCAUCACGUGUCGCCCUCCCCUUCGGGGAAGAUACGUCACUAUCAUGCUGCACGGUCAGGACAGAGUCCUCACCCUUUGUGAAGUGGAGGUCUAUCCGUGCGUUGAGUGAUUGACCUAAAAAUGCACCAGGAAGAAAUGCAAUAAAAGCAUAUAAAACAUA